CUUACCCUUUCAUUUUUUGUGUCACCACUACUAAAAAAAUCUAGCCUUUGCUUAAACCAAAUUCCAAAGUUUUUUCUUUUCUCAUACAUCUCGAUCCGAGUAAAUCAUGGAGUGUAGGUCGUUGGAUCUGACGAUAAUAUCCGCGGAGGAUCUGAAAGAUAUCCAGAUGAUCGGUAAGCAGGACUUAUACGCCGUCGUUUCUAUCAACGGCGACGCAAGGACGAAGCAGAAGACGAAGGUGGACAAAGAUUGCGGGACCAAACCCAAAUGGAAACAUCAGAUGAAGUUCACCGUCGACGACGCGGCGGCGCGUGAGAAUCGUCUAACACUGGUCAUCGAGAUCGUGGCCGAUCGGCCUAUCGCAGGUGAUAAACCCGUCGGAGAGGUUAGCGUUCCGGUGAAGGAGAUUUUGGAUCAGAACAAGAUCGGUGACGAGGAGAAAACGGUGACGUAUUCGGUGAGGCUGCCUAAUGGAAAAGCCAAAGGAUCUCUAAAAUUCUCCUUCAAAUUUGGAGAAAAGUAUACUUUCGGAGCUUCGAGUGCUCCUCACGCGCCUGGCCCAUCUGCUAUAGAUCACAAGCCCAUGGAUCAUCAGCCCGUUACCGCUUACCCGCCCGGACAUGGAGCCCCGUCUGCAUACCCGCCGGGUCCUUCCGGAUAUCCACCACAGGGACACGACGAUAAACACGGUGGUGGUGUUUACGGAUACCCGCCGCAGGCUGGUGGAUAUCCGCCGCCGGGAGCAUAUCCUCCAGCUGGGCCUGGUGGGUAUCCACCGCCCGGUGCAUACCCGCAACACGGUGGAUAUCCGCCUCAUCAACAAGGAGGCUACCCGGGUUAUCCGCCACAGGGUCCGGGUUAUGGAUACCCGGGAUACCCGCCACAGGGUCCAUACGGUUACCCGCAACAGCAAGCUCAUGGUAAACCGCAGAAACCAAAGAAGCACGGAGGAGCCGGAAUGGGGCUUGGACUUGGGCUUGGAGCUGGUUUAUUGGGUGGGUUGCUGGUUGGUGAAGCCAUUGAUGAUGUUGCUGAUAUGGGUGAUAUGGGUGGUGACUUUGAUUUCUGAUUAUUUCCCUUUGUGCUAUAACUUUCAAUUUCUUAGGUAAGCUGCUCCUAUGUUUAUGCUUUUUCUUUUUGUGGAUCAUGUGAGAGAUCAACAAAUUCUAUCUUGUCUUUUAUGUUUCUGGCUUUCUCCUAAUGAAAAUAAGGAAUUUAUUUGCUAUGAAGCAGAGGUAA